UGAUUGGAUCCAUUUUGCAUACCCUAAACCCUGCAAUUCCUUUGAGCGCAGGUUGAUGUAGCUUUUCCAAAGUGCUUCAGUUCGCAGAGAGAAAACACAACCUAAGCUUGAACCCAUGGCCGAGGAUCCACGCGCCUCCAUUCCCUCCACCCACAACUCCGUCUGGGCCGAUGUCUCCCCUCUCCUCCAAGCCGCGUGCCAUGAUCUUCAAGAGGGAGAGCUUAUUCAUGGAGAUAACUUCAAUCUCUUUGCCGCCAUGUCGGCAUUGGAGAUAAUGGACCCGAAGAUGGAUUCUGGUAUUGCUUGUACAUACUACUCUCUUGAUGAGGCCAUUGAGGAUGGUGUUGCUCCUGUUCCUAUUAGUGCUGAUAAAACUACCGAUGUUCGAUGUGUGAUUGACAUCAUGGAUCAUCUACUAGCUUGUGAGGCAACAUGGCACAAGGGUCAUUCAUUGGCACAAACUGUCUAUUCUUGCCUCUAUCUCCUACGACUUGAAAGGACAUCAUCACAUGCCCUGUUGCACUCUUACUGUAAAAUCAUAUGUGCAACGUGCAAAGCUGUUCUUUCAGUUGUAUCAGAAGCUCGAACACAUGAAGAAGAGGAUCUAUUUACCAUGGCAUAUGGCCUUCCUUUGAGUGGAGAUGGGGAUGAAAAGUUUUUAACAAUGCUAAAUGCUGUUGAAGAAACAAUAUCUCGCCAAUUGCGUGCUUGUAAGGCUUCAUCAUCAAAAAGAAGAUUGUCAGAAGAUAUUGAGCCGCUUCAAAAUAAUCCUGAUCUGGAAGAAGGCUACUGCAAAGCACUGUUGUGUCGAUUACGUUUUCGUAAGCAUUUUUAUCAUCUUUUGAUGUCUAUGAAACGACCCCAAGGAAGAGGUUUGGAGUUAGCAAGAAAACACAUAGCAUCAUGCUUUUCAGAGAUUGAUUACAUUCAAAAAUCUUCAGAAUUUCUUAGAGCUAAUGCUCAUGGAAUGUCUGAGCAAAACAUAGUUAAUACAACUGCAUCUGGUUGUCAAGCAAUUGGCUUUGAUGCUAGUUUAAACUGUAGAUUGUCAGCCCCAACACCACCGCGGGCAAUCAAAAUUCUUUCUUGGGAAAAGGCCCUUGAAUAUUUCAAGAAACUCCUUAAAGACCUAGAUGUUAUAUGUUCCUACUCAUUGGACCCAUCAUUGGAAGCUGCUUUACUCUUUGUGGUUAAAUUCCAGAAAUCGCAACCUGAUUUGGUUUCUAGAGCCCAUCUUCAGCUUCUGCUGGUCCAAGACGGGAAACUCUAUGGCCGAGAUCCUAUAUUUUCUAUGAUCACUAGAGCUGCUGGAUUACCUGAUGUCACAGAGAACCAUGACAUUCAGAAAAAUGAAUUUAUGGUGCAACUAGGACAGUUGGUGAUGCAUUUACUCAAAAUUCUUUGUACAAAUGCUGCAUGGCAAAGGCGUAAGCUAGGGAAAAUGUUACAAGACUGGCGUGUCAGCUAUGUACAGCUGGAGAUGGCUUUUAAAAGUGAGUUUGAAGAAGCCUCUAAAACAGCAAACAAUAAGAAAAUAGGUUUGAAAAUAUAUCAACACAUUCUCGCAUGGGUAGAAGAGCAAACUUAUUGGAUAGCUUUUCGAUUUCUCAAUUUGGGAUUUGAAUUGGAACUCUACUCUGUCCAUGAUUAUUGCAUGGUCUACUGGUAUAUUUACGUUGUAUUGAUCAAGCUCGCAGAGAAGAAACAUUUCCGGAUAGUAAUGAGCAGUGACUCUGCUAAGAAAAAGUCAAAGAAAAAAAGGGAUUCUUUUAAGGAUGGGGAGUUCUCAGCAGCUGUCUUGUUUCUUCAAAGCCAAAUAUAUCUAGCUGAAGGGCUAAGCAUGAUGUUUGCUGCUUUGAGGAAUGAGUGCAGAAUUGUUCGACCGCAAGGGCCUUUCAAUACAGAACACGAGAUAUUCAUUCAGCAAUUCGAGCUUUUACAGAAAGCUUGCGUCCCUGAUAACAUCUCAUAUGUGACAUUCAAGGAGUCAACUGCCCAUGCUAACUUCUCUACCCUAGCAACAUUUGAUUACUUCAAGGAAGCUCAGAAGAUAGUAAAAGAGGUGAAAAGUGGUUUUUCCAAUGACCCUGACACAAUAGCUGAGCUGCGCAGAGUAGAGCAAGUAGCAGAGCGUAACAGCAUUGUCUUGAAUCUUUGCCGUGCAGGAACCCUUGACCCAAAGUUGAAGAUUUCUUUUACAUUCUGUCAUCAUCCUUUCUAUGCUACUGCUAUUGUGAAGAGAUCUUGAUUGUAGAUUCAACCAAUUUUGAAACAUGUUAUAUAGGGCAUUAGGAGCAAAUGAGUUGUGGCAUUAGCAAUUGUAACACUAGUAUUGAUUCAAACAAUUUUUGUGGUUCAUAUAUUAGAUUGAAAUUGUAAUUUUUUUUUUCUGAAAAAGAAAUAAAAAAAAAAUAGUUAUGGUAGUCCUUUCAAA